AUGGGGAUCAUAGCAUUCGACUGGGCAGAAAACCGCCUCACCGUUCUUCAGAACAGAGACGAACAGGAAUCGAGGAACGUAAAUGAGGCUGCUUGGCUUGAGAACGGCAACAUUUUGGCGGGUCUGGGCAAUCCAGACGGAGGGACUUGGCUGGGAUGCUCGAAAACAGGCCGAGUCGCCUUUCUGUUGGACUCAAUUCCAUGGCCUCGUCACCCGACUCGCCGCGGGGAACAUCUUACAUUGGACUUCAUAGAGGGAACCCGUACGCCCGACCAGUUCGCCGAAGAUGUCAUCCGCAUGCAGAACAAAGGCCUCGCAUUCCAUCUUGUUGUUGCUGACGUAUUCGGUACAAAAUCCUUGGUAUAUAUUUGCAAGAAAAGGAGGGACAGCGAUCAUGUUACUAAGACACAUGUGCCUUACGGUGUCCACACCAUCACGACUAAUGGAAUCGACAAGGGAGAAGAAGUCAGACGCAAGUUCGCCGCGGUUACGGAAUGGACUCACAGCCAAAGCCUCGAGCUACCAAUGGAAUUGAGUCUCCGCCAAAUCAUCCUCGAGCUACCAAAUGUUCAGCGUACGAUGAACCGCCUCCAGGGUAUAAAAACUCCUGACGAUCACGACCCUAUUGAUCUUACCUCCUUCUUUAAGAGGGAUGGUCCCCUGCAGACCAAUUGUUCCACAGUUGUCGUUGUGGUACCCCGUGCUGCCGGUGGCGGUGGGCGAUGUAUCUUCCAUGAGAAGUACAUGCGGAAUCAUCGUAAGUGGGACGAGAAAUGCUUCUUCUUCGACAUGGCUCCUAAUGCCUAA